AUGGCGCAUAAUUUGGCACCGAGCGUUAACUGCUCGCUCGACGACAUCGACUUGAAUGCACUCAAGGAUCCAGCGGGUAUCUUUGAGCUCAUCGAGGUCGUUGGCAAUGGAACUUACGGUCAAGUUUACAAGGGCCGACACACCAAAACGGGCCAGCUGGCGGCCAUUAAAGUUAUGGACGUCACGGAGGACGAGGAAGAAGAAAUAAAACUCGAAAUAAAUGUCCUCAAAAAGUACUCAAAUCACAGAAAUAUUGCAACAUAUUAUGGAGCUUUUGUUAAAAAAUCACCACCCGGGAAAGAUGACCAGCUGUGGCUGGUUAUGGAGUACUGCGGGGCUGGCUCGGUCACUGAUUUAGUUAAAUCAACAAAAGGCCAAAGUUUAAAGGAGGAGUGGAUCGCUUAUAUCUCGCGAGAGAUUUUAAGAGGACUCAGCUACCUUCAUAGUAAUAAAGUAAUUCAUAGGGAUAUCAAAGGGCAAAAUGUAUUGUUAACAGACAACGCCGAAGUCAAAUUAGUUGAUUUCGGUGUAAGUGCACAAUUAGAUCGUACAAUCGGUAGAAGAAACACAUUUAUUGGUACGCCAUACUGGAUGGCUCCUGAGGUUAUCGCAUGUGAUGAAAAUCCAGACGCAACUUAUGACAAUAGGAGUGACCUGUGGUCUCUCGGUAUCACGGCACUCGAAAUGGCCGAAUCACAGCCUCCUCUCUGUGAUUUACAUCCCAUGAGGGCCCUGUUUUUAAUUCCACGUAACAUGCCGCCGAGAUUAAAAUCUAAAAAAUGGGCCAAGAAAUUUCACGGUUUUAUUGAAACGGUCCUAGUAAAGGAUUAUCAUCAAAGGCCGUAUACAGAGCAGCUACUAAAGCAUCCAUUCAUCCGGGACCAACCAACGGAGCGUCAAGUAAGGAUACAGCUGAAAGACCACAUCGAUCGUUGUAAGAAACGUAAACAGGAGAAAGAACGAGAUGAUUAUCGGUACAGCGGUAGCGAAAACGAAGAAGACGAGCCAGCGCUCGCUGGUGAACCAUCGUCAAUCGUUCAAGCACCUGGUGGAGAUACUCUACGCCGUAACUUCCAACAGAUUCAAGAAGGUAGAACGUUGACCCAGGACAUUCCCCAGCAGCCGGCGCAUCCGAACAAAGAGAAACAGUCUAGUAGAGGCCAAAGAGAAAUUCCAGAACCUGGUCCUCCAGCACGACCGGCUAUUCCUCACAGACUUAUCGAACCUCAACCGCCUUCUCGACCUCUACCGCCGACACCUCGUGACGAUCCAAGACAACCGCACAAAGUAUCAACUCCACCGUCUAAUCAUCACUCAGCAGUCAAUUCCGGUGGAGCUGGCAGUGGAGGAUCAGGUGGUCAAGCCGCUCCACAGCGAAAUAGCCAUAUCUUCAAACCUAUGCUGCCACCAAGAAGGCCGGAGGACUUGGACAUGCUGUGUGCUCAACUCAACGAGCUUGGUGUGUCACAGGGCCCAGAAGCCCCGCCGAGGCCCAAUCGACAACACAAGAGCCCCGCACCGGCACAGUCGACAAACGCGGCACCGCACUCGGCUCAACCUGUCGCCAAUAAUGAACAGAACAACAAACAGAUGCCUCAAUCCUCCAGUAUUCUUGAUCAAACACUAUCAGUUGAAAGUGACAGUGACGACGAUUUCGAAGAUGCUACCGGAAAUAAUGCACGAAAUGACGGAACACUAUUAGCCAGUGAUCCGCCAAAACCUCUACCGUCUUCAGAUUCAUCUUCAUCUUCCUCGCACAAUGCCCAAAACCAUCAUGAAGGAGGAGGCGCGCCAAAUCGACCGUUACCACCAACUCCAGACGAAGAAGAAUCUGGUGAUCGUACGCUAGUCAUGAAAAGAGUGAGUAGCUUAUCCUUGUUAGUAGCGAGUGCAACCUCUCUCCAAGGAUCUAUCUCCACGAUCGAUCUAGCGAUGAUAUGUAACUUUCUGAAAGGACAAAAGCCUCCGAUAAUUAGUAACACCGACGUACCAGACAACUAUUUAUACAGUUUCUUUAGCAGAAAUAAUGACACUGAAACGGGUCCCUUUACAGUAAAUCGUGGAGUUAAAGAUAAAGAUGCGUUGGGCAAUACGACUUCUUACAAAAAAUUGCGCGUUACUAAAUAUUGGACUCAAAAAGAAUGUAACGUAGUAUCGGGCACAGAUGCAAUAACUUGGCCACCAAUGACUGAAAAGUUACCAUACGUAACGGUAUACGAGCCUUAUAUAUGUCGACAAGUACGGCCCCGGUUUAAAGAAGAAGUUACUUUGAACGGCAUAAUGGGCUACCGGUAUGAAAUGGAUGAGAGUACUUGGGAUAAAGAAAACAGCGAAUGUUACUGUCUACCUAAUGCAAAAAAAGUACCGCAGUGUCUCAAAACCGGUCUUAUGGAUAUCGUCAAAUGUCAGGAUGUACCGGUAAUAUUUUCUGAACCUCAUUUUCUUCACGCGGAUCCAAUUCUCUUGGAGUACGCUCGCGGGUUGAAGCCAAAUCCAGUCGAACACUCAACAUACAUAACAAUUGAACCCCUAAGCGGAGCUCCACUCAGCGGCGCUAAAAAACUUCAACUCAACGUUAAAGUUACACCAUUACCUGGGAUUACACUGCUCUCAAAUGUAUCCACUGGAUAUUUUCCAAUUCUUUGGGCCGAGGAGGCAAAAACACCAGACAUUACAGAACUAAGAUCAAUGAUAAACGCUCAUCGUCUGCUGAAUGUCUUUAAAUUCAUGACAUGGGUACCAAUAAUUAUCGGAUCAUUCUUAAUAAUAAAACUGCUGUGGUGUCUCUGCGCUGCUAACAGUGAAGAAAAAUUAAUGGAGACAAAUCAUACCCCGAUACAAGCAAUAAGAAUAUCACCACGUUCACGUCCGAUAGUACUUGAGCCGAGUCAGGGAUUUGGCUCCAUAAGACCCGCGAAUCGUAAUCGUCGCAAUAUCUUUGCUAAGUGA